AAAGUAUUUACCAUGUUCAAGAACUGCAACAUUUAAUACUAAUGUUAGCCAGUUGAAUGCAUUUUCACCAAUUAAAAAUCAUAUCAAUGAAUUGUUUAACUAUGCUCACCCACAUCAAUAUGGUGGACUUACAACAGAAACAUUAAAUACAAUCCUUAUCAACCUUUUAAUAAUAAAAAAAGAAGUGGAUCAAAACUAG